GUCUGCCGCACACAGGAUUCGGAAACAAGGUGUGGCUAAAUGUGGGAACAGCAUAUAAAUGAGGUUGAUCUGUGUUCUUCCGUGUCUGUACCUGGACUGACAAACAGCUAAAAACAGGUAAGUUCACCACUGGACUCUGGGGUCCACCACAGAAUGGUCAGAACUCUGGAGCACCAGUAUGGCCAGGCCAACCUAACCAACCUAUGUGGCCAGGUCAACCUAACCAACCUAUGUGGCCAGGUCAACCUAACCAACCUAUGUGGCCAGGCCAACCUAACCAAACCCCGCAACCAGCAUGGCCAGGCCAACCUAACCAAACCCCAACACUGAACCCUGCUCAGGACCCUCCUCAGGAAGCCCCACCGAAAGUGCCAUAUGACUUGAAGCUGCCAAACGGUGUCUACGACAAAAUGCUGAUCACCAUCAAAGGCCAGGUCAAGCCAAAACCAAAUAAGUUUGCGGUAAACCUGUCACGAGGCAAGGACAUUGCCCUUCACUUCAACCCCCGCUUCAAUGAGCAUGGAAAGGCGGUGAUUGUGCGUAACUCACUGGUGGGAGGCAGGUGGGGUAGGGAGGAACGUGCACUGAGCCAAUUCCCCUUUGCCCCCGAGCAGCCCUUUGAGCUGAAGAUCCUCUGCACUCCCAGUGAGUACAAGGUGGCAGUGAACAAGGCUCACCUGCUGGAAUACAAGCACCGGAUUCCAGAACUCAACCAGGUCACCUGUUUGGGCAUCUACGAUGACAUCACCCUCACAUAUGUCAAUGUGGAGAAACUCCCAUGAGCCCCUCCUCUCACAUCUCAAGAGUCUGCCCCCCUUUUUGACAUAUGACCUUCUGAACCCCUCCUGCAUCCCAGCAGCCUUAUUCCUAUUGGGCUUAUGAUCCCUCAGCUCCUUCUAUAUCACUGCAGACUCACCCCUACUGGGCCUUUGAAGCCACAUGGGGUUUUAUUCCCUAAUCAUUUUGAUGUGGGUAGAGCCAUCUCUUGAGCAACUGAUCCAGAAUCCUGUAACCCAACCACAGUUUUACAAUGUUAAUCCUACCUAUUGUGUACAAGGAAUAUGAGACUGUCAUAGUUACUGCUGAAGGGCACAACCCACCUAGAGUAUAAAAUCUAGAGGACAAGUAUGUGUGUAUUCAAGGCAAUUCUGGAACGAAGAAUGACACUGACAAUGUUGAGAGCUUCCAUAGUUAUACAAUGUUUUAACUUUUAUCUAAUUAUAAUGUGUGUGUGCAUAAGGCUGCUGUUACAUGCAUCUAGAUGUUCUUGAACUGGGCACUUGCACUCAGCCAAAAUCUGAAGAAUUAAAAUGAUAUUGAAUGGAGUAAAAAAAAAUUUUGCUGCUGA